AAUAACAAAGUCCACGCAGGUAAACACAGACCAGACCAGGUGGAAUGCGUCGUGGCGGAGGUUCAAUUCAAAACACCACCAAACCCGCGACGAAGGGACACUGAGCAAGAAAUAGUACUCAAUAAGUGGAUAAUAAGUAGCUAAGGAGUGUGGUGGACGUGCAGUGAAGUCGUCUGUGAUUCCCUCCAGGCUACUACAGUGAAGGGAUUUACCACUCAUCCGUUCUCUCCCCCAGAGGUAAUCGGGCGAUAAUCCAGUCAUUUGUGUCUUACUUGACCACGGGGUGUGUCUCCUGGACGUAAUGGAUGGGCGCGUACAAGUAUCACUUUAUUCUACCAGUGCGUUGAUCGUGGAUGGAAAUAAGAAGUGACCUAUAUCUUGCACUCAGCUGUAUGAAACUAUCCUGUGAAUACCGUCAGACCACUCAAGGUUCAAGCAAUAUACGAGGCCAGGCCAUAAUUAGAGGGAUAAUUCCUCUCUCUUUGCCACUGUGGAUGUGUGUGAAGGAGUUGCAUUACUGUGGUGUGUUUGUGUCGUCUUGUUCUGGAUGUGUAGUGAACCACCAGCAUCAGGAAGGAUGUCGCAAGGCAGACCAUCCAAAUCUAAAGCAUACCUUGCAUCACGAUCUGCUAUCAAGGCAUGCCACAUACUCAUGUAUAAUACUGAAACAAGAAUGAUACAGUAAAAUACAUACAUAUAUCAGAAAACUACUUAUAAUUGAUAACAUAGAAAAUGAUACUACUAAUGGGAUGAACUGAGGGAAGUGAGCAACUGCACAGUGGUUACAAAUAGCACUGAGCAGGGACAGAUUUGGUUGCUUGGUGGAGGACCUGAUGGUGAUCGGGUACAGAACUCCAGUCAUGCGGGAGGGUGGGCGGCUGAACCUGCCUGCCAUGCGGCGUGGCCUUUCUCCCGAGGGAUGCAGGAUUCGGGAGCGCCACAGCCAAGGCUCCCUAACCAUCGGGGUGCAGGGCGUGACAGUGCAUCCCGCUGAGAGAGCAAGUCGCAGCCAGAGUUCAUUCCUGCAGGAAAACGUGAGGCGGCUGCGGGAGAUCCAAGCCAAGUGCCGGGACAGGGAGCAACCCAGCCGCCGCCACCAGCCGCUGCGAGCCACCACUCGCGUGAGCUCCGCCUCCACCACCGCCUCCACCUUAAGCAAGACAGACGGUCCUGUCGAUGCCUCCUUGGUGAAGACUGGUGAGGGCGGGGCGGGGCGUGGUGACAGUGCCCACUCAGACUACUAUUCUCUCUCAGAGGAUCCACCCGAUCCACCGCUCCCAACACACCCCCACUAUCCACCACAGGGAUGGCCUGCCAACACAUCCUCACGCCCUCAGAGUCCCGUGGUGCUCAGGCCGCUAGCCACCAGCCCCCUGCCACCCCAUGAGUCAGACCAACACCCCCUCCUCCCCGAUGCUGGUCUUACUAGGGAAAUGAGGAGGCUGCGAAUGGAGAGUCUGGUAUCUCGCAUCAGCAGUCAGCGGCCGGCGUGCGAGAUGGACUACCACCAGCACUACCGGACCAUUGAGAACCAACACCGUCAGUUGUUGGAUGCAGUCGAGAGAAUCAACAGUUCAUCAGGUGAUGCAGGCAGCGGUGAGGACUCCACCCGUUCGAGGGGAACCCAGGUGAGGGCUGCUACCCCUCCAAGAAUGGUCCGUGCACACAGCUUUGAUCGCAGCACCCAAGCCAGGCGGCGGGAAGGCAGCGCGGAAAGAACCAAAGCAGGUGCCUCAGGUGAACUAAAAGCCUUGAAAAAGUUCCACCACCGAUCCUCCUCCCCAUCCCCGUCUUCCUCCUUCUCCUCCCCACAACCCGCUAGAUCUUCCAGAAUAAUCUCCAAGAGUGGUCGCUUGCUCCAGGACACAGGUGAGGGGAAAGGUGUCGCUGGAAGGCAAGCGAUGGGGCUCAAGAGUACUGCCAUGACGGAAUCAAUAAGCAAAGAUGAGUCGAGAGGAAAACGCGGCUUGCUGAGAGCCAAAAGCGAGCUGGGCCAGCCUCCUGACAUACGGCCUUCUGGCACCCGUCCACCUUCCCGCCACGGCAGCCUAUGGAGCAAUGCCAGGCAAGACGCGGCAGAUGCCGCUUCCUUUUCGGAGGACACGAAUCUCAACUCCACUUUGUCCUCUAGCUGUGACUUUUACCCGGGGGACCACAUAGAAGCCGAGUCUCCCCGCCGCGCCACCCGAGAAGACCUCAAAUUGGCGAUUCGUCCAGACAGUCAAAGCACUACGGCAGAAGGAAGCCAUGGAGCAAAGGAUCCCAACCAGAACGAUUGGGACUCGUACAAUGACCUAGACUUCCCCCAAAACAGCGCCGUGGACGCGGAGGAUGCAGCAAUUUACUCCGGUGCUGUGGCAGGAACCAAACACAGCGAGCCGCCUGAUAGCAAGGCUGAGGUUACUGUGGGCGAGAAAAUUACCAACGCAGGGGAAGACAGAAAGAUUGACGAUCCUGGCGGCGUAGAUGAGACGGAUGACGUGCACCGUGCCCAAGCGCUGGCGACACCCACACCUGUCCAACACACCGGCGAGGAUGACACCGCCGCUGUCGCCACCGCUGUCACUACCACGACCAACUCUCCACGACGCUUGAAGAGAGAACAGCAGCAGCCCAGGAGGACCCGUGGCGACCUCCUGCGGAGAUCCCAGUCCCUGAAGAACGUAGCUCACACUCCACCUUCCUAUCAAAUAGGCAAAAUACCAAGAUAUUUGCAAAUCCGGAAAGAGGAGAAGCGUCGUCAGGAGGAGCUGGCCCGCGCCGUGGACCCGGACUGUCCUCCAGGCCACCAGCCGCUCCCUGACCACGAGCGUCUCAACACCCUCCACCUGCUGCACAAGAGUCAGACACAGGUUCUACGGGAGCUGUCAAGUCUGCCCGUGGCCCAAGACACCCUGCGAAUCAAGAAGGUGCGUCUCACCCUGGAGGAGAAGCUCACUCAAAUUGAAGAGGGUUUGCGGAUCUUUUCUCAGCCUCGAGUUUACAUUAUGAACGACGACUGAUUGAGAAUUUUCUUUAUCCGCUGCUUGUUGAUUUUUCUUAUUUGAUGUCUUACUGAAGUAUUAUCAUUAUCAUUUAUUAUUAUUAUUAUUAUUAUUAUUAUUACUCUAUCCACUAUUACUACUGUUUAUUGUUAAUUACCGUCAUCAUCAACGUAGUUUUAGAAAUAAUUGUUUCCUUUUUCUGUUAGCCUUUUUUUUAUGAAAUACUGGGACCGAAGCUAAAUUAUAAAUGUUCUUAAGCUGUAACCAUGAUAAUAAUAAUAAUAAUAAUAAUAAUAAUAAUAA